AAUUAUUGUAAUAGAAUGGUUUUUAGCCCUAGGGCACCAUCACCUAGGCUCCAAACUUCGCAGGCAGCUCCUUUUUUUCGCGUCUUCGAAGUGGUUUUUAACCCAGCGUGCGGCUCCGUUUCCCCUCUCGCCUUUACUAAUACUCGAUUCUCCUGAGAGCAGAUUCGCGCUUUUUUCUUACUCUUGCUACUCUUCGGAGCCAUGCCAGCCAAAGACAGUUUUCAAGGUGUUUCAAAUUGCUAUGUUUUCAAAAGCCGACUGCAGGAAUAUGCACAAAAAGUGGGACUUCCCACACCCGUAUAUGAGACUAUCAAAGAAGGUCCAUCACAUGAGCCAACCUUUCAUUCUACUGUGAUCGUAAAGGAUGUUAGAUAUGAUUCUUUACCUGGAUUUUCUAAUCGUAAGGCAGCAGAGCAGUCAGCUGCUGAGGUAGCUCUUAUGGUGCUCUCAAAAUCUAGUGAUCUUAAUCCACAUGUCUCCUUACCCGUGCAUGAAACAGGACUGUGCAAAAAUCUGCUUCAGGAAUAUGCACAGAAGAUGAACUUUGCAAUCCCACUAUAUCAGUGCCAAAAGGAUGAUGGUUCAGGCAGAGCACCCCUUUUCUCAUGUACAGUAGAAAUUGGAGGGAUUCGCUACAUUGGUGCUGUAGCAAAAACAAAGAAAGAGGCAGAAAUUAAAGCUGCAAGAACUGCUUUGUUAGCAAUUCAGUCUUGCCCGACGACGUUGUUCGAGAAUCCUGUUGAGCAUGUUCCACUCACUGUGCUCCCAUGCAAGAGAAAAGAUUCAGAUUUAUCAGUUAAACCAAAGACUAGUAGAGCGCCCAGAACAAGGAAAGGCCGAUUUAGGAGGACGGUAAGGAAUAAGUUCCCCAGAAAUGGACCAUUCGAUUUCACCAGCAAUUUGGAGUUCAACAUUGAUGGAUCAACCUCAACCGGGGUUCAAAUGCGGGGUAUUGGAGAAUAUGUUGAAUCAGCCAAGGAUACCGUGCUGAAUUCUGGAUGUGGAACGACGAACUUAAGCUCAAGUGACAUUCCGGUCUCUAUUGUCCAAAGUGACAUGACUCCACUCCUAAAUAGUAAUUUCGGAAAUGGGGAUUCGGGUGAUCUCGGUUCCAAUCGAAUGAACUGUGGAACCUCUGAUGUUACGAGUUUACCUCAUUCUGACGCUCAAACUGCUUGUGGUUCAGUGGGGAAUGUGGCCACUGGAGUAGUAGCAGGGGGGCUUCUUCAGUGAUUGCUAGUUCCUUUCCAAAUCCAUGGAUCGAAAUUGAAUGGGAGAGUCAUGCUUAGCCUUGUAAUUUAAGUAGUAAACAGAAGAGCUAUUGCGAGGGCAGUUGCGGUAAUUUACAAAAAUGAUAAAAUAUUGUUUGAUCAAAUAGUUGCGAGAGGUAAUUUACAGAAACGCUAAAAUGCUGUAUGGUCAAAGAGUUGUGAAGUUAGCUUUUAGUAGAAGUCUGCUUUGAAACUGUCAUGGCUGUGAUAUCUACUUCUAAGUUAUUUUCUUGCAUUAGUUUGGGUGAAAA